GCGGAGCUUCAGACUCAGCAGGAGCGCGCCGUGGCGGUGCAGUUCCGAGCUCGCCUGCCCAGCGGCGCACACACCACCUCCUCCCCGAGCACCGGGAACCGCCGCAGCUCCGGGCCGCCGCCGCCGCCGCUGCCGCCGCCGCAGGGCUCCGCGCUCUUGCCCGCUAGCCGCCGCCAGUCCUUCCCUCGUCAGGGCUCAGCCCGCAGCUAUUUCCUUCUGCCGGCCUCUUUGAACUCUGGGUCUUUUCCUCCGCUCGCCUCUCUCGUAUUUUCCCCACCCUAUAUUUUCUCAACUCCUCUUCCUUUCUCCUUAGCAACCCUGCUUUUUUCUCCUCUUUUUAUUGAGGAUUUCUUCUUAAGAUGCCUUGUCUUCCUUACCUUCGUCCAUUUCAGCCCUGAAGACUGAAAAGGAGCCUUUAUCUCUCCCCCAGUGGCAUUUAAAAGACUCCCAUCCUUAAAAGUCUAAAGAGGUAAAGAACAGGACGCGGGACCUUCUCGACACCCGAGAGUCCGGUCCCGAACUGCACUAUCAACCGUAACUAGUAUUUCAUUUAACCCCAGUGUAGAGGAGGGAGUAGGGAGCCGGGAGCAAACUUCAGCCGUCUCAGAGGAUCCCUGGUUCCCGCAUUUGGACGAGCCGCGAGCCAGAAGGCAAAGGAGCCCACGGGGAACGAGGAGCAAGCGCGAGCCUCUCUCGCCCCCUCCGCGAGGCGGGAGCCGUGAACUGAGCGGCGCGGGACAGCGGCGGCGGAGGCGGCGAAGAGAAGAUGCGGAGCUCGGGGCCCCGGGUUGCGGGACGCCGGCGGCCCCCGGGCGGCGGCGACGACCUCCCCAGCACCCCCGCGUCUCUGGCCGGCUGCUACUCCGCACCUCGCAGGGCCCCCCUCUGGACUUGCCUUCUCCUGUGCGCCGCGCUUCGGACCCUCCUGGCCAGCCCCAGCAACGAAGUGAAUUUGUUGGAUUCACGGACUGUCAUGGGGGACUUGGGAUGGAUUGCUUUUCCAAAAAAUGGGUGGGAAGAGAUUGGUGAAGUUGAUGAAAAUUAUGCCCCUAUCCACACAUACCAAGUAUGCAAAGUUAUGGAACAGAAUCAAAAUAACUGGCUUUUGACCAGUUGGAUCUCCAACGAAGGUGCUUCCAGAAUCUUCAUAGAACUCAAGUUUACUCUGCGGGACUGCAACAGUCUUCCUGGAGGGCUGGGGACCUGUAAGGAAACUUUUAACAUGUAUUACUUUGAGUCAGAUGAGAAUGGGAGAAACAUCAAGGAAAACCAGUACAUAAAAAUUGAUACCAUUGCUGCCGAUGAAAGCUUUACAGAACUUGAUCUUGGUGACCGUGUCAUGAAACUGAAUACAGAGAUCAGAGAUGUAGGACCUCUAAGCAAAAAGGGAUUUUAUCUCGCUUUUCAAGAUGUGGGUGCUUGCAUUGCUCUCGUUUCCGUUCGUGUGUACUAUAAAAAAUGCCCUUCUGUGGUACGACACUUGGCUGUCUUCCCUGACACAAUCACUGGAGCUGAUUCUUCACAGUUGCUUGAAGUGUCGGGCUCCUGUGUCAACCAUUCUGUGACAGAUGAACCACCCAAAAUGCACUGCAGCGCUGAAGGGGAGUGGCUGGUGCCCAUUGGGAAAUGCAUGUGCAAGGCAGGAUAUGAAGAGAAAAACGGCACCUGUCAAGUGUGCAGACCUGGGUUCUUCAAAGCUUCACCUCACAGCCAGAGCUGCAGCAAAUGUCCACCUCACAGUUAUACCCAUGAGGAAGCUUCAACCUCUUGUGUCUGUGAAAAGGAUUAUUUCAGGAGGGAGUCUGAUCCACCCACAAUGGCAUGCACAAGACCCCCCUCAGCUCCUCGGAAUGCCAUCUCAAAUGUUAAUGAAACUAGUGUCUUUCUGGAAUGGAUUCCUCCUGCUGACACUGGUGGAAGGAAAGAUGUGUCAUAUUAUAUUGCAUGCAAGAAGUGCAACUCACAUGCAGGUGUGUGUGACGAGUGUGGCGGUCAUGUCAGGUACCUCCCCCAGCAAAUCGGCCUGAAAAACACCUCUGUCAUGAUGGUGGAUCUGCUUGCUCACACAAACUAUACCUUUGAGAUUGAGGCAGUGAAUGGAGUGUCCGACUUGAGCCCAGGAGCCCGGCAGUAUGUGUCUGUAAAUGUAACCACAAAUCAAGCAGCUCCCUCUCCAGUCACCAAUGUGAAAAAGGGGAAAAUUGCAAAAAACAGCAUCUCUUUGUCUUGGCAAGAGCCAGAUCGCCCCAAUGGAAUCAUCCUGGAGUAUGAAAUCAAAUAUUUUGAAAAGAUCAGUGUAAGACGGUUGUCAGAGAGUCAGUCAAUUUUGGUUAAAAGAAUCAAUGAUGAGGUGACAAGACUAGAAACGGUAGCAUUUAAAUGUCCCCAAACUAUUGAUAGGGCCAAGAUCAUGCUACAUUUUCUCUGUCUCCUAUCAGCAGUUGCAGCAUCCAGCGAUCAAAGCCAGAUUCCUAUAAUUGCUGUGUCUGUGACAGUGGGAGUCAUUUUGUUGGCAGUGGUUAUUGGCUUCCUCCUCAGUGGAAGUUGCUGCGAUUGUGGCUGUGGAAGGGCUUCUUCCCUGUGCGCUGUUGCCCAUCCAAGCCUCAUAUGGCGGUGUGGUUACAGCAAAGCAAAACAAGAUCCAGAAGAGGAAAAGAUGCAUUUUCAUAAUGGGCACAUUAAACUGCCAGGAGUAAGAACUUAUAUUGAUCCACACACCUAUGAGGAUCCCAAUCAAGCUGUCCAUGAAUUCGCCAAGGAGAUAGAAGCUUCAUGCAUCACCAUUGAAAGAGUUAUUGGAGCCGGUGAAUUUGGUGAAGUUUGUAGCGGACGUUUGAAACUUCCAGGAAAAAGAGAAUUACCUGUGGCAAUUAAAACCCUUAAAGUAGGCUAUACUGAAAAGCAACGCAGAGAUUUCCUGGGUGAAGCAAGUAUCAUGGGGCAGUUUGACCAUCCUAACAUCAUUCACUUAGAAGGUGUUGUGACCAAAAGUAAACCAGUGAUGAUAGUGACAGAGUAUAUGGAAAAUGGCUCUUUAGAUACAUUUUUAAAGAAAAAUGACGGGCAGUUCACUGUGAUCCAGCUGGUUGGUAUGCUGAGAGGCAUCGCUGCAGGAAUGAAGUACCUUUCUGACAUGGGCUACGUGCAUAGAGACCUUGCUGCCAGAAACAUCUUAAUAAAUAGUAACCUUGUGUGCAAAGUGUCUGACUUUGGGCUUUCCAGGGUACUGGAAGAUGAUCCUGAAGCAGCCUACACCACUAAGGGAGGCAAAAUUCCAAUCAGAUGGACUGCCCCAGAAGCUAUAGCUUUCCGAAAGUUUACCUCUGCCAGUGAUGUCUGGAGCUAUGGGAUCGUGAUGUGGGAGGUUGUGUCUUAUGGAGAGAGACCCUACUGGGAGAUGACCAACCAAGAUGUGAUUAAAGCUGUAGAGGAAGGCUACCGUCUGCCAAGCCCCAUGGACUGUCCUGCUGCUCUCUACCAAUUAAUGCUGGAUUGCUGGCAGAAAGACCGAAAUAGCAGGCCCAAGUUUGAUGAAAUCGUCAACAUGUUGGACAAGCUGAUCCGUAACCCAAGUAGCUUGAAGACGCUGGUCAAUGCAUCAAGCAGAGUACCUAAUUUGUUAGCAGAACAUGGCUCACUGGGGUCUGGGGCCUACAGAUCAGUAGGUGAAUGGCUAGAAGCAAUCAAAAUGGGCCGAUAUACAGAGAUUUUCAUGGAAAAUGGAUACAGUUCAAUGGACGCUGUGGCUCAGGUGACCUUGGAGGAUUUGAGACGGCUUGGAGUGACUCUUGUUGGUCACCAGAAGAAGAUUAUGAACAGCCUUCAAGAAAUGAAGGUGCAGCUGGUCAACAGGAUGGUGCCAUUGUAACUUCAGUUAAUUGUCACUUCGUCAAGUGAAUGAUUCUGCACUUUGUAAACAAGCCCUGAGAUUUAUUUUAACAAAAAAGGGGGUAAAAGGGAAAACUCAGUGAUUUCUAAACCUUAAGAAAGCGUUUGUUUCAGCCACAGAAUUUGUGAUCAGUGUUUUACUAAAAUCUCUUUAUCUUCCUCUCAAUAUCUUCAUUUUUCAUGAAGCAAAUAUAACCUGCAUGGAAUAAGAACAUGAGGUUAAACAUCUUAUAUUACAACAAAAUCCUUCUCACUACUUCUACAAAAUUUUAUACAUGAAAUAUAUAACUAUAUAUAGCGCCUUUUUUUUUU